AAAUCUCACCGCCUCCCGAGCCAUUUCCAAAGCUUGGUACAAGGAAUAAGCCCCAAAGCCAAAGGAAACAGUAGAAAGCGAGGACGAUGACAAUGGGGAGUAGGAAAAGAGAUGCUGAGGCUGAACUCAACCUGCCGCCGGGAUUCCGGUUCCACCCGACCGACGAGGAGCUCGUCGUCCAUUAUCUCUGCAAGAAGGUGGCCUGCCAGCGCCUGCCCGUGCCCAUCAUCGCCGAGGUCGAUCUCUACAAAUAUCACCCAUGGGAGCUGCCAGAGAAAGCGUUGUUCGGGCAAAAAGAGUGGUAUUUCUUCACCCCUCGUGAUCGAAAGUACCCGAAUGGCUCCAGGCCUAACAGGGCCGCCGGGGAGGGAUACUGGAAGGCGACCGGGGCUGAUAAGCCCGUGACCCCGAAGGGGGGCCAUAGGCCUCUUGGGAUCAAGAAAGCAUUGGUGUUCUACUCUGGGAAGGCACCAAGAGGAGUGAAGACAGAUUGGAUCAUGCAUGAGUACAGGCUUGCCGACGCAAACCGAGCCGCCAGCAAGAAGGGAACCCUAAGACUUGAUGAUUGGGUUCUUUGCCGGCUGUACAACAAGAAGAACACCUGGGAGAAGAUGCAGCAGCAAAAGGAGGCGGCAUCAUUUGGAGAGACGAUGGAUUCUGUAGAUGACACAGGAUCAGACAGCUUCAGAACACCCGAAUCGGACAUAGAUAACGAUGUCGUGUUCCCGGACUUUGAUGAUAUGGCUCGCGUUGGAGCUUACCCACCUCAAGCUUUCAAUGGAAUGCAAGGAGUACGAGUCAACAACACAACUGGGUAUCGGCCAGCAAUAGAGCAGCGUCCGAAAGAGGAGAAUGAGUGGUUCACGGACCUGAAUCUGGAUGACCUCCACAGUUCAUACAUGGCUUUUGGUUCAACACCUGCUCUCGAUAUGUCGAACCAUGAUUACUACUUCUCAAACCUUCCACAGCUGAGAUCAAACCAGAGUGACUUGCUACCCUUCUAAAGCUAGGAAUCACAGCUGUAUAUAAGAAAAAAUAGGCAGGAGGAGGAGAAAAUCCAGUCGUAGAACUCUUUAGGAUUCUUUUGUUUGAUUCCAUCAAUUCUACAUAGGCAAAUCCAUUCAUAAUCAAGGGUCAGUCGUUGAUGUACAUGUGAUAAUAUUAUUUUGUGGUGGAACUUUUGUUUGAAUUAGUUUUACAAAUUUUGAGCAUUGUCUGGUGGUAGAACUAUCUUGGUUUCAAUUACAGAAACUUGCCUCAGGAUCAAGAAAUAUAUUCUACAAGCACGCGCGCACACAAAAAAAAAAAA